AUGAGUCAGCCGGAGGAAACCACAGCCACUGGCGCCCGCCUCAGAUGGAUCUGCAUCUGUGGCCUUGCCAUCUCUUUGUACUCUCUGUACGUGAAGAUGCAGCUGGACCAGGAUGCAGACUACGUGGCCAUGUGCGAUCUGGCGGAGAAGGUUAGCUGCACAGCCGUCUUCAAGUCAGACUAUGGACGUGGCUUUGGUUUGACACAGCUGCUGUUUGGAUCCACCUCCAACUACUACCUGAAUCCCCCGAAUGGAGCCAUAGGUAGUGUCUUCUAUGUGCUGCUCUUUGCAAGCUCCUUCUUCGAGCUGCGCUGGAUGUGCCUGCUGCAGCUUUUGGUCUCCAUUCUGACGCUGCUCCUGUGCUUCUACCUGGGUUUUCUCCUAAUCUUCGUCCUGUUCGAUUGUUGUGUGGUCUGCCUGCUCAUCUAUGUGGUCCACACGCUGCUCUUUCUGGAGGUCCAUGGGCGCUACAAGCGCCUCUACCUGUACCAACCCAAAAAGAUAGCCAUCGAGUGAAAUCGUUUCUUAUUAUCGGUAUAGUAGUUGUAAAGUAUGCAA